UUUGAAAAUCGACAAACGAAAACCUACAACUUGCAACCUGCAAUCUGCAACCUACAACCUGCAACAUCGAAAAAAUAUCCCCACAAAUCCCAUCCAAUCAAGCGUGUUUUUUGAGUGCUUUUAUUCCUAUUUUAUUUUUUAUUUUUUUGGCAAUUUUUUUUCUGUGCGUGUGCAUUGGCAUAAACGAUUCCACCUUUGUUCUUCGGAUUUGGAUGUUUCGCCAGCAGCUGGCAAAUAAAAAAAAAAUAUAUAUAUAUCAGGAGAUUCUCUGGAGGAACAAUUAAAAACAGCAAAAGUUGCGAAAUGCAUUCCACGGCAUGCGGUGUCGGUGCUUCAGCCACGAAUCUUUCAACACUGCAAUCUGGGAAAAACAGGAGCACAGGAGGAGUCACAGGAAGCGGAACAAGUGCAGGAACUGGAACAGGAACAGCAGCUGGAGCAGCAGAUGCCCACAAAAUGGUGCACCAGAGCAACAAUGAGGAUGCCAUGAACAAGAUUCCAUUAAAGUCGGCCGGCGGCCUGGACUCGGACGAGGAGAAGAAUGGUGGAGAGCUGAUGCAGGACACUGCCGCCGCCGAGGAGGCGCGACGCGAGCAGAUGCGAGCCAAUGUUUUAGCCUGGAUGAAAAAGCUAACCAUAGUAUUGAUAUGCUUUAUUGGAAUCGCCCUGAUUAGUUAUGUGAUCAUCAGCCUUUGUUUCAGUGACUGGCCGAAAUCGACGCCAAAUAGAAACAACAGCACAGCCACAGCGAAAGCCAUAAUAAAGACGACAGCAACACCAACAGGCCCAAGUGCAACAGAAGCAGCAGCCGCAGAAGCAGCAGCAGCAUCAGAAGCAGCAGCAGCAGCAGUAGCAACAUCAUUAGAUUUUGAUGUUUCUUCAACAGAAGAUUUUGCACAAAAAGAAAAUACUGCACAAACAGAAUCUGCAAUUUCAACAACUAUUGCACCAGCAAUUCGUAGCACAACUUUCACAGCAACAACAAUUAUAGAUAGCACAACAACAACUAGUACUACUACAACAACAACAACAACACAACCAACAACUACUAGUACAACAACAGCAACACAAAGCAAUCCCAGCCCCACACUUACAACAUUUACUUCAACAGAUGAGCAGCAACAACAGCAAAAUGAGCAGGCAACAGGAUCCGAAUCGAUUGGUAAUCUUAAUCUACUGGACACAACGACCACAUCCUCGGAAGAUUCAGUGCCCAAUGUGGCAGCCUCAACGGCAGGCACUACCGUUCCACCACCACAUCCAGAGUUAUUGGACCAAAUCCGCAUCGAUACCAGCGACCAGUUCGAAUCCGUUUUGGGAGUUUACCAGCACGGCGCCGUAAGUUCGGAUAAUCUGGAGUGCAGUAAGGUCGGCAGCAACAUCCUUGCCCGCAACGGCAGUGCCGUGGAUGCCGCUAUAGCAGCUCUGUUGUGCAACGGCCUCUUGACCAUCCAGAGCCUGGGAAUUGGGGGCGGCUUCUUGAUGAACAUUUAUAACCGAGCAGAUCGACAUGCCACCUCGAUUGAUGCCAGGGAAAUUGCUCCGUACGCUGUGGAGCCGGACAUGUUUGCUGCAGAGCCGGAGAAAUCGCACAAGGGACCCCUGAGCAUUGCAGUGCCCGGUGAGGUGAUGGGCUAUCAUGAGGCGCACAAGCAUUUUGGAAAGCUGCCAUGGGCGGAUCUUGUGGCUCCAUCAUUGGAGCUCUGCGAAAAGGGCUAUCAUGUGUCGCAGCACAUGGAAAGAGCGCUCCAUGCGGCUCUGCCACAAAUUAAGGAACAUCAACAGUACAAGAUCUAUUUAAAUCCAAAAACUGGAAAUCCCCAUUCCGCUGGAACAGUUGUCAAGCCUCCCAAGAAUCUCUGCCAAUCGUACAAGCUACUUUCCGACAACGGACCGUUGGACUUUUAUAAUGGAACCCUGGCUGAGUUACUGUCGGAGGAUCUGAAAGAUAUUGGCAGUAUAAUCACCACUAAUGAUCUCUUGACUUACCAAUCGGAUGUCGUCAAUUCCAUAACGAUGGAUCUGGGUGAGGAUACCCUCUAUGUUAUACCGCCAGUCAGUUCGGGUUCAAUCGUGGCCCAUGCCCUGAGCAUCCUGCAAGGAUAUAAUCUGACCAAAGAGGAUCUAGCCACCGAAGAGUUGAGGGCCAGGACCAUUCAUCGUAUUACGGAAGCCGUCAAGUUCGCCUUUGCUCGGAGGUCCCAACUGGGGGAUGCCCACUACAUCGAUGCCCGGGAAGUGGUCAGCCAGCUAACCAAUCCUGAGUUUGGUAAUCAGAAUCGGGCCAAGAUCAAUGACUCUCAUGUCCUGCCCGAUCCAAUGUCGUAUGGUGCUCAGUUUGCCGAUACUGAGGAUCCGGAUGGCACCUCCCACCUGGUUGUUCUGGCGCCCAACGGUGAUGCUGUUUCUGUGACGAGUUCUAUCAAUGCUUACUUUGGUUCCGGACUAAUUGGACCACGAACGGGAAUUGUUUUGAACAAUGGAAUGAACGAUUUCGCCGUGACGAACAAUAUGUACGGACUUCCGCAGUCCCAGGCGAACACUAUUGAAGCCACAAAGCGACCGAUGUCCUCCCAGUCACCCAUCCUGCUGACCGACAAGUCCGGGGACAUCCGACUGAUCCUUGGAGCUGCCGGCGGCAGCAAAAUCAUUCCGGCCGUGGUCGAGGUGGUGGCCAAUGUCCUGUGGUUCGGCGAGGAUCUGCGAACGGCGAUCACUGCCCCGCGUUUCUAUCAUCAACUGCUGCCCGAUGUCCUGGAGUACGAGGAUGGUGGCUUCUCGGAAACCCUCCUCCAACUCCUCGCCAACCGAGGACACACUUUGAAGCCAGUUUCGAAGUUGAAGGGUUCGAUAGUGACGGGCAUAGCACGGAAUUCGACUGCCAUAUAUGCGAAUGCCGAUUAUCGUAAACGCGGCGGUGUGGCCGGGUUUUAGGGUGGCUCAAAAUUCACCCUAUCAGUCACUCACACACACUCACCAACACACACACACCAUACACACACACACUGCAUUGAGAUUAGAGAGCAAAACUAAAAAAAAAUAAAGGAGGCGAAUCAAAAGCCAAUCAAUUCGCAUCAAGUGAAAAGUAUUUAAGCUAGCUAUGUCUUUUUUACAUACUAUGUAUAUCGUACGUUAUAUAAAUUUAUAUGCUACUACCUAACUACUACCUUAUACAAUAAAAAUUAAAUAAAAAACACAUCAAACUAUAAAA